AUGGAUUCUAUAUCCGCUACCAAAGUUGAAGCAUCCCCUGCUGUGGUUAAGGCCAUGGAAGACUUAUUGGAGAUGCAUAGGAAAGACGUGCUUGACAAGCAACAAUCUGUGACGAUGGAGAUGUUAAAAGGAUUAGUUUUUAAACAAUCUAAUCCUUUCUCCACACAACCUGGCAUGCCUCCCUUCGCACCCACUCUGAUACACCAAGGAACAAAAGAGGGAAUUGACGCAAAGGUCGACAGGACAAGCUUCGGGAGCAAUCCGUUUGGUGAUAAAAUGGAUAGUGAUGGUCCUUUUGGUCGUGGUCGUGGUCGUGGUCUUUUUGUCGGUGGUCGUUGUGGCGGUCAAGGUUUUUGUAGUACUUGUUAA